CCCACUUACACUCCUGCGGCCGAACGCAAGUCUCGUUUCUUUUCAAGUUCAACAAAUGCCUCGCCUUCAGUCUUUCGGAUAUGUCGCCUUGGCAGCCCUUUCGCUAGCUUACGCUCAUUUCAUCCCUCCGGUUUCCUGCGCGAACUCCCUUCAGCUCACAACUAUCGCGGGGCGGAACAACCAGUCAACGAUCGAAUGCUGGACCUAUUCUCAAGAUUUCGUGGUGGCGGGAGGGUUGAACGUUCAGCAGCUUGGCGACCUUACUGGGGCGACCUACAUUGAGGUCCCUACAAGCGCGGACCAUACGCAGGGACCGUACAACCCGUCAGGCCCUCAGCUCUUCGUCAUUCUCUCGGGCAACGCGACGAUCACCUUCCCGGACUCGCUCGAGGUCCUCCACGUGAAGGCUAGUCAGCUGUACGCCGCCGCGGACACCCACGACGUCUCGGGGUUGGGGCACAUCACGACCGUGAAGGCGGGUUCGAAGCUGGUGCAGUUCCCCUUCAAGGACGGCGUUCUUCCGAACCACACGUGGACCCCUGGCGAGUGCGCGCCGAGCCUGAACCGCCGCGACGAACUCUAGGGCAGUAGGGCGGCAUGGGUGUGGACGGGGCUUUAUUUAUGUCGUGCAAGCCCGGGCGUGGACUGUUGGUCACUAUCUUCGGCCCUACAUAAUCUUCUGCCCUCAUAAUUGUGGUACACCUAAGUUAUUCCCUCAAUGGAAGGUGUAAUCUGUUGGUUCAUUUCCGUCUGCGUUGUAUCCGCGCGUGGGACAAUUAGUAUGCGCCUC